CAACAGAGAAGGAGAGAGAGAGCGAGAGAGUGUGUGUAACGGAGCAAGAAAGAAACAGGGACCUACCACACACACUGACACACACACAGACAGACAAACAGGGCUCUCUGAGGUGAAAUUGCACAUGUUUUUGUCACCCCAGAGCAGACGGACUGGGUUGAUGAAUGAGCAGUAGUGAGUUAUGUACAGCUGGGUGUACUGGACAGCAGAGACUGUGUUGCUAAUACUCCUCAAAGGGUUUUUUACACCACUUUGAAGUUUUCUCUCUGGAGCUGCUGCUGCGGGGGACCAAUUUUAUACCCUUUAAGGAGAAAAGAAGAAGGAAGGCCAAAGGCUGAGAAAACUGGACCAUCUCCAACUUCUUUAAUUCUCUGUCUACUCCUGUGGGAACCACGUGUGAGGAGGACUGAGGGAUUGAAUGCCAAGCAGUAUUCUCUGAAGAAAAUCCCAACUAUUAUGGGACUUCCACUUCACCCAACUAUCGAAAUACUAUGAGGAAGAUCCAUUGCUCAGUGUGAGAGAAAGAGCAAGAAAGAGGGUGAUAGAGAACUCUACCAUCCACUUCUACCCAAGGGUUCCCUCCCUCCCCCAGCUUCAAACACCCCUCUUCUCCACCUCGCUCUCCUUUGCCCCCUGCAUCCCCCUCCUCCCCCCCACAGAGCAGAAAGCGUGAAAAAUCUCACUAAUGGGUUUAUUUGCUGUCAGAUCUGUGCCGAUCUGUCAUUCCCUGGGACCACAUUUCAUAGUUGAGUAAGCCGCCUGGCUUUCUGGCUAGAGUUAGCUGUGCUCCAGCAACACACUGCUGUCUGGCUCAAAGAUCAUCAGGAAGAGAGCAGCAGCAGCAGCAGGCAGCCAAACCAGGAGUCCUUCAGCCCUCAGAGUUGUUGCGGUCCAAUCAUCUUGGUUGGGGUCCUUGCAUUUUUGCAAUCGGGCAAUAACUUUAUUCUUCCCAAUCGUUGGACAGUUUGGACAGACCACUGGGCCAGUUGAUCAAAGACGCUUCCUCAGACUGUUUCAGGGACCUUUGGGUUGAUUUAGUGUGUGUUGAAAAUGUGGUGUGGGCCGCUGGCCGUGCUGGCUGCGGUGUUCUGGACCCAGUGUGUCCUGCUGGAAGGGGUGGAUGCCAAGAAGGAGAGGAAGAGGCCGCAGGAGACCCCCCCACAGCACACAGAGGCGUACAACACUACCCUCUCCAACAGCGAAGAGGUCGGCGGGAGCACCAAGAAUCCUGACAACCAGAGAGUGGAUCCCCUGGGAUCAUGGAUGGACUUUGUGAAACGACCCGUAGGCAACUUCCCUGGGAAGUGUCGCAAACGCAAAAGGCCACUGCCCGGGCCACCAGGUCCUCCUGGCCCCCCAGGCCCCCAGGGACCUCCUGGAUCCCCCGGGGCAGAGGUCACCCAGGAAGUCCUCCUCCAGGAGUUCAAGGAGAUGAUAAAAGAAGCUACAGAGAGGAGAGCUGCUGCAGUGGACAGGCAGACCAGUACCAGUCCUAGUCAGAUACCCACGGUCCUCAUCUCCCUGGAAGGAAUGCCCUCUUACAGGAGGAUAGAGGAAGCCUUCCACUGUAAACUCAAAGGACCUGUGGUUAUCGACAAGAAGACACUGAUGGAGUUACAGAACUUUCAGACGCCUCUUGCCAAAGGUGCCUUUCUCAGAGGGACAGGAAUGGACCAAUCCACAGGACGAUUCACGGCUCCCGUCACAGGGAUCUACCAGUUCUCUGCUAAUGUUCAUAUCGACCACAACGAGGUGAAAAGGAGUAAGAGUCAGCUGAGAGCCAGGGACAAUGUGCGAGUGCUGAUCUGCAUCGAAUCCCUGUGCCAUCGAUAUACGUCAUUAGAGAUGAUUGUUGGAUUGGAAAGUAACAGCAAGAUCUUCACAGUGUAUGUGCAAGGCUUGCUGAAGCUACAGGUUGGACAGUACACCUCAAUAUUUGUGGACAAUGGAGCUGGGGCAUCCAUCAUAAUACAGAAUGGCUCUGACUUCAUGGGCAUGUUGCUGGGUGUAUAGCCUCAUGUCCUUCCCUUGGGGCUGGGAGUACACCUUACCUCUUCCCAUUGGACACCAGGGCCCUGGCUACGCAAGGCAUCUGUGUCUAAUUGGACUACUAACAGACGCUAUCGGCCUAUCACCAUCCAUGGAGGAGAAAGGACAGUUUUGAAAGCUUUAGGACUGUGUCUCUCCACAGACACCAUGAAAGCAAGCACUCCCAUGGGCCAAGAAAAACAUUAAGUACAGUCCAACAGACAAUCUUAAUAGACAAGACUUCAAAUCACUCAAUGAAAAUAUUUUAUUUGAAAGGUUUUUAUCAUCUGAUGUCAAUUUAUUCAUUUGUAUGGCAGUAAGUAAGUACAGUACAUGGACCUGUAAGUGUGUAUAUACACUGGAUGAUGCAAAGAUGCUCAGUAUGCAUUGUAUAGGUGUCAAACGUUUCAGCUAGGGUUGAAAAAUUCCAGAAAAUUAAAGAAAAUCCAACCAGGAUUUUUUGUAAACCAGGAAACCCUAUUCUCAACAAAGUGACCUGUACUGUAUGCUAUAUCUAGGGGGACUGUGUGUGUCUCAUGUGGAGGCUACAGCCCACUGAACAAAAUAGAGGAAACAUUGGCCUCUGUAUAAUCUCCCGUUGGCAGAAUCUGCGUGUAGACCGAGAGAAUCUGCCAGAACUGAAUGGGAUGUGUGAGAGCAGCAUUAGUUCCGGUUUUGGGGUUUUUGUCACUGGUUAUUUUGACUUAUCAGGAUUGGGCGAAGGCGGUGCUUCAACUGCUUCGCCUCGAGUGCUUCAUGCUUUGGCUAAGAGUUUCCUUUUGUGAGGGUGGAGACUUUUUUGCCGGAACUCUCAAUUUUUAACACGUAUGAACACAGAAGUUAAUCACGCAGCUGACCAAAUUUACCCAAGAUUUUACUUCUGUGUUAAUAGAGAUUCGCUUCUGUAUGGAACUAUUUUGUAGGAUUCAAACCCAAACUAAGCAAUGUGGUUAGAGAAUUUAAAUGAAAUGCAAGUGUGUUGGCCAUUCUGUUUUAUACUGAUGUAUUUAAUAUACAGUGUUUCCAAGUUCCGCUAAUGCCAAAUUAUAUAACUGCCAUGGUCAAGCAGAAAAGAUGUUGCCUAUUGUUUUAUAAAAUGCCAGUUGUUUCAGCAAAAGAGACUUAUCAUGUUAUCUAUUCAAUUAGAAAAUACUCACAUAUAGAUUUUUGUGUUGUGUAUAUCUAUAAAAUGUUUUGCCAUUUAGUUGAUGACGUUUUCUGUAAAUUAUUAUAAUAUUUAAUUAAUACACAUUGUUAAGAAUUUAAUUUGGAUGCACAUUGAGUUUAUGUUCAAAUGUAACCAUAAAUGGAUAUUCAUAUAUUUUCUCACCCUAGGGAUCAAUUUACAGUAUAUAUAACGUUUCAAGACUACCACAGAUUGGAGUACCAUUAUGUUUUAUACUAAUUUGCUUUUUAAUAACUAAUACAGUAUGAUAUAUUGUAAUGAGAUCAAAAUUAAACUAUGGUAAAAUA